AAGAAAGGCAGCAUUCCAGACACCACCACAGCCACGACCAGCACCGCAGCCGCUUUCGCCGUCGCCGGUGAAUCGAGAUCGCCGCUGCCGCAGCCGCCGUCAUGGGGGCUGCUGCAGAACCUGCGGUGGAGAGAGAGAGUGAAGGUGGAGGAAGAGGAGCUAAGGAGGAGGAGGAGGAGGUGGAGGGAGAGGUGAAAUCGGGCGGUGAGGAAUCGAAGGAUGUGGAGAGAGGUGAGGUGGGAUUUCAAGGAGGAGUGGCGGGUUCUUAUCAGAACCCGACAGACUUUCGUGCUUCGAUGUUGCAGAGUUUGGACUCAACGAACCCUUUGAGGAUUGUCAUCAAUGGAGGGAGGAGAGUGACGACUCCCUCUCCCGCUCAUGCAUCCAUACCUCGCUCCACGCCUCCCCCUUCUCAUGGCUCCGUACCUCGCUCCACGCCUCCCCCACCUCAUGUCUCCGUACCUCGCUCCACGCCUCCCCCUUCUCAUGGCUCCGUACCUCGCUCCACACCUACUCCUCAGUCUAUAGCAACACUGAACUCAAGAAAUUGCACAAACAAACUAUCUCUCUUCCUGUUCCUCCUGCACUUGGUGAUAGCAGUCGGUUUAGUCGGUUUUCUCGUGUUCAAGGGGGUUCAAGGUCUUAUAGAGGCAUCAGAGGACAUUAAAAGAAAGGAAAAAGCUCUGUUGAAGUACUUUGUUCCACAAGCAGAAGUUGCAUCCUUUCUAAGUAUUACUCUUGCAUUUGCUUGGCAAAAAGCUGUGAGGGUAUGGCCUAAGUUCAUGGUCCAUUUCAUAUUAUGGAGCACUUUCGGCAUGUCAUUGUCGGCUGGAGUUCUGCUGCUUUGCUUCCAGACGGCUCCUACUGAUGGCGUAGGAGUCUGUUUCAUUGCAUUUGCCAUUGGCAAUGGCUUAUACGCAUGCUGGGUUUCGCAACGGACUCGGUUCUGUUGCAGCAUAUUCUUGAAAUCGCUGGAACCUGUUUCAAAGUUCCCAGACAUAAACCAACCCACGUAUGCAAUGCUUGGAGCUGGAUUUCUUUGGAUGUCUUUGUGGCUUUUAGCUGUUAUAGGGGCAUUGAACUUCUACUUGCGUCCUUUGAUCAUCAUUGUAUUGGUGUUGAGCUUGGCUUGGGUGACUGAAGUUAUGAGAAAUAUAGCGAAUAUAACAGUAAGCCGGGUCAUUGCUCUGUAUUAUCUCAGAGGAAUGCAAUCUACUACUCAUAUUUGCUUACAGAGAGCAUUGACGUACAAUUUGGGAAGUGCUUGUUUUGGAUCUCUUUUUGUUCCGACCAUCGAAGCACUGAGAAUUGUUGCGCGAGGUUUGAAUUUGCUUCAGGGAGAAGAUGAAUUCAUGUUUUCUUGUGCCCAUUGCUGUCUCAGAGUGAUGGACUUUAUCUUCAGACACGGUAAUGGCUGGGCCUUUGUGCAGAUAGCAGCGUAUGGAAAAGGCUUUGUGAAAGCAUCCCAAGAUACAUGGGAACUAUUUGAAAAACAAGAAAUGGAGUCCAUUGUUGACUCAGACAUCACCAGCUCAAUUUGCUUCCUCACCGGAGUUUGCAGUGGCUCAAUCUGUGUCAUUGUAGUUGCUGCUUGGACUGUCACAGUACGCGGAAGCUUCACUGCCACAAUUUCCCUACUUGCAUUCUUCGUUGGGUACCUAAUGACCAGAAUUGCCAUGGCACUGCCUCAUGCUUGUGUGAGUUGCUACUAUGUGUGUUAUGCGGAGAACCCAGAGAAUAGGCUCUUUGACAAAACGAUAAAGGACCAUCUAAACAUGAUAAAAUCGGAACAGGAGGUGGUCGUGCCAACCCCAAGAGUGCCUAUUCGGUUCCGAAGAGCAUAGCCUGCAGAGCCAUGAAUCUCCGAGGAUCGGACAUGUGAAAAAGCAAUCGUAUGGACACGGGAAUCUUAGAACCGUGGCCAAAUUUUCAUCCUGGACGCCGAUACGUGUGUCGAUACGGAUAUGGAUCCGGGUCAAAUUAGAGCGGAGGUGGUUUUUCCAAGAGGAUGGUGAAGAACACAAGGAUGCGUGAAAUAGUGAAAGUCGACCAAUUAUUGAAGUACUGAUAUUCGAGGAAUUGUAGAGAGAGCCCACUCAAGAUUCUUAUCCACAAGGCUACAAUACAAGGAGAGCAAAGUUACUUUUGGCGCUGCUUUGCUCCAAGGUGUCAUAUGAUGUCGCAUAUCCUUAAAGUAUAUACGGUGCGAGAGAGGGCUCCCACCAUCAUUAUGUAAUUGCUGUGCCCAGUUCUGUCCGUUAACCCCACCCCACCACCAUCGAUUCAUUCAAGAUUACUUCUGUACGUAAAUCUUGUUUUUCCUUUCUUCAGAUAGGUCAGUUUCGUGAAUUCUACUCAACUUGUAAAUAGUAUUCUCAUCUUGUUUUCCCUGUAAGAAAAUCGAAUUAUGCACGUAGCCGGAGAGAGGCUUUGGCUGUUUUCUUUAUUA